AUGGCAUUAGGUUUUGAACAUGCUCUAAAUGGAUCAGAUAAUCGAUCAUCAAGUGGUGUUUUAGGUGGUUUAUUUGCAAUUUUAUUAUUGACAUCUUUAUUUUGGGGAGCAUUAACAUUUCGAAAUAUAACACAUUUUGUUACUGCAUGUGUCGUUGGUCAAUGGUGGUUUACUUCAGAUGCUCAUAGACAAUACGCUGUUGAAACAAGUGUUCAACGUGCAUUAACAACAAAUUUCGGAACAAUUUCAUUUGGUUCAUUAAUACUUGCAUUUAUAAAAGCUUUACGUGUUGUUGCUCAAGUCAAUGAAAGAAAUGCUCGUCAAAAUGGAAAUAUUGUUUUAUUACUUUUUAGUUGUAUAUUUGUAUGUAUACUUCGAAUAUUUGAAGGAUUCGUAAGAUAUCUUAAUGAAUGGGCAUUUGUAUAUGCUGCAUUGACAGGUCAAUCAUUUCGUGAUGCUAGUCGAAGUUUUCUUGAUUUAUUUCAACAACGUGGUUGGACAAUGAUUAUAAAUGAUGAUCUUGCAGGACAUGCUUUAACUAUUGUUACACUUGCUAUUGGAUUUAUUUCAGCAGCACUUGGUGGUAUAACUGUUUAUGCUGCAAUGCCACAUUCACAAUCGCGAGUAGCCAUUGCUGGAAUGGCCGCGUUUUUUACAUUUAAAAUUGGUCUUGCUAUGGGUACAGUAAUGACAUCAAUUCUAAGUUCUGGUGUACGAACAGCAUUUGUCUGUUUUGCUAUUAAUCCAGCUGCACUUGGUGCAACUCAUCCUGAACAUUUACAAAAUUUACUUCUUGCUUGGUAUAAAUUUCAUCCACAAGAAUUUGCUGCUAGUGGUUUUGCUAUGCAUUUACCAAAACCUGCUGCAUCUGCUAGUGUUAUUUAUACUAAUGUUUGA